UCCAGCCAGCGGAGACGAAGCUCAGUUGAUUCUGAUCCUUAGCGUCCCUGGGCACUGACGCACUCAGCCCCGCAGGAAGGGCAGAGCCAGAGGCAGAGGAUGAUGCUCAGGAGAAAUGUCUCCAAAGUCCUCUGCCUUGGGCUGACUCUCGUCAUUGCCGUCAAUCUAUUCCUGGUAUUUUAUACCAAGGGGACUUUACAAAAGUUGAUUCUGGGUAGUAUCCAAAAGGAACUUCACUUGCCUCUGUCUGAAUGGAACGGGGCAGUGAUCAAGAGACUCUCUCACCUGGAGGUGGAUUUGCAGCAUCUGAGUAAGUUCAUAACACUGACUUGGAGGAUUGAAGAAAAUCCUAAUCUGAAAGAAGAAAGGAUGAAAGAUAGAGAACAUCCUGUUCAAAAGGCAGUGGAGUCCAAGGCGAAUGAGACAAAGAAGGACAAACCCCAAAAAGCGCUCUUCCCAGACUCACAGCUUUUCAAGAGGUGGGGCGAGGGUCUUUCAGAGGCCCAGCAGAAAGAGGCCCAGGACCUCUUCCAGAAGUUUGGUUACAAUGUUUACCUCAGUAACCAAUUGCCCCUCGAUCGCGCCAUCCCAGACACGCGAGAUUCCAGGUGUCUUCUGAAGACAUAUUCUUCACAACUGCCAUCCCUCAGUGUCAUUCUCAUAUUCAUGAACGAAGCUCUGUCCAUUAUACUACGGGCCAUCACUAGUAUUAUCAACCGAACCCCCUCUCGAUUGCUGAAGGAGAUCAUCUUGGUGGAUGAUUUUAGCUCAAAUGAAGAACUAAAGGCAUACUUGGAAGAGAAGAUUAAGCUUUACAACCAGAAGUAUCCAGGACUACUGAAAAUAAUACGGCACACCGAGAGAAAAGGUCUGGCUCAAGCUCGCAAUGCUGGCAGGGAAGCGGCCACGGCUGAUGUGGUCGCCAUCUUGGAUGCUCAUAUUGAAGUGAACGUUGGGUGGGCAGAACCUAUUUUGGCUCGGAUUCAGGAAGACCGCACUGUGAUUGUGUCUCCUGUGUUUGACAACAUUCGUUUUGACACUUUUGAACUGACUAAGUAUGAACUGGCAGUUGAUGGGUUUAACUGGGAACUAUGGUGCCGCUAUGAUCCACUGCCAAAGGCCUGGAUUGAUCUGCAUGACGUCACCGCUCCAGUGAAGAGUCCUUCCAUCAUGGGCAUCCUGGCUGCCAACAGGCUCUUCUUGGGAGAGAUCGGGUCUCUGGAUGGUGGGAUGCUGGUCUACGGAGGAGAGAAUGUGGAACUUAGCUUGCGGGUGUGGCAGUGUGGAGGGAGAAUCGAGGUCUUGCCUUGCUGCCGGGUUGCUCACCUAGAAAGACACCACAAGCCCUAUGCCUUGGAUCUGAGUCUUGUCUUGAAGCGCAAUGCUCUGCGAGUGGCUGAAAUCUGGAUGGAUGAGUACAAAGAUAUGGUCUACUUCGCCUGGAACAUACCUCUCCAGAACUCUGGAAUUGAUUAUGGAGACAUUUCUUCCAGAAUGGCGCUCCGGGGGAAACUGAAAUGUCAAAGUUUUGACUGGUAUCUGAAAAAUGUUUAUCCAAUCCUGAAGCCAAUCCACAACAUUGUGGGCUACGGAAGACUGAAAAACUCAUUGGAUGAAAAUGUCUGCCUGGAUCAGGGACCUAUUUCAGACAACACCCCCAUCAUGUAUCACUGUCAUGAAUACAAUACACAGAAUGUCUACUACCACCUAACAGGGGAAUUCUAUGUGGGACCACUGAUUGCAGAAGCAUAUACUGAUGAUCGCUGCCUCACAGACCCUGGUUAUGGGGAGAAGGCCAUGUUAAAGCCAUGUUCCAAGGCAGCCAAAAAUAACCUGCACAUAUAUUGGGAUUUUAAGCCAGGAAGAGCUGUCAUAAACAGAGCCACUAAACGAUGUCUGGAGAUGAAGAAGGACACUUCAGGUGUCUAUAGGCUUGUACUGCAGACCUGCACCUCACAAGUGUGGACAAUACAGUAUACCGUCCGAAACUGGGGGUCAAACUAACAUCCAGUGAUCCCCAGAGAGCCUGGCUUUGGGACACCAGUUCUUGCCACAGGAAUGGCUUCUAUUCUCAAUGCUGCUCAAAGUGGGAGAGGGUGAGAGAAAGAAAGGAUGCGUGCAUGUGUUUACUGUGACUUCAGCCUGCAACACACAGGAUGUGGGGAGGUGAGGUCUGUGCCUGUGUCGGGGUGUCCCCGCUGGGGAGAGGUGAGGAGACUACGAUGCUUCGUCCCAGCUUCCCUUGGAAGGUCAUGAUAUAUAUCAAAUGCCAUUCUUGGAAACUCCUUGAAAUAACCACCAUCAUCUGGCUGUUAUGUGGGGAGAGAACCAGGAGGAUGGAAGUUUAACUUCUGCCAAUGCUGUUUAGUCUCAUUCCUGACAACUACCAUUGCCAUCUGCCCCACACCUCCUCCCCCAGCUCAUCUGCUCUGAGACUCUCCAGAUUGCUUUGGGGCUGCUCCACGGGAGAGGCUGGGUCAUCAUCAGGCUGGCAGUAUGACAACCAUUAGGAGGCACCAAUUCUCUGUAGGCGUGUCGCUGCUCCUACUUCUCCUUUCUGGACUAUCCUGAAAGAUG